AAAGUCGCAUUCGUGAUUCGUUCACUCAUCUGUGUAGAGGGAAGUCGGUGUUGAAUUUUGGUUUUGUGAAAAAGUUUAAAAAUAUAGCAAUUUAAAUAAAUAAAAAUACAAUAAACACAUAUUUAAAUAAUGGGUCCACCAAAGAAGUCCAAAAAGGAUAAAAGUGGUGACAAGUUUGGUAAAAAACGCCGUCAAGAAGAUGAGGCCUACACCCAAUUAGUGGAAGACAAUGAAAUGGGCGAGGUGGGUAAUGAGUCUGACGGAAUACCAGGGGCAGCAUCGAAAAACGCUGAGAAAAACGAUGAAGAUAUCUUGGAGGAUGAAUACGGAGCAAAGGACUAUCGCUCCCAAAUGGAACUCAAACAGGAUCACCACAAUCGGCCCCUUUGGGUUGCUCCUAAUGGACACAUUUUCCUCGAAUCAUUUUCCCCUGUGUAUAAGCACGCUCAUGACUUUCUGAUUGCCAUAUCGGAGCCGGUCUGCCGUCCCGAACAUAUUCAUGAGUACAAGUUGACCGCUUAUAGUUUGUACGCUGCAGUUUCUGUGGGGCUGCAAACCCACGACAUCAUCGAAUACUUGCGACGAUUGAGCAAGACCAGCAUCCCAGAAGGCAUUGUCGAGUUCAUUCGCCUCUGUACUCUUUCCUAUGGAAAAGUAAAACUUGUCCUGAAGCACAACAAAUAUUUCAUUGAAAGUCCUCAUCCAGAGAUUCUGCAGAAGCUCCUUAAAGACCCAGUCAUACAAACUUGCCGCUUGAAACGCAAAGAGGAGGAAGGUGACGGCUUUAUACAAGGUCAAACCGACACAAAGGCCAUCACUGCAUUCGGCUCGAAGCCAGUUGCUGGGACUAGUGCAGCCGCUGCUGGGACAACUGUUGUAGAUGGCGAGGCGGCUGCACCUGGUGCCACAGUUGUGCCCGAUGACAUUACCAAUUUCUAUGAAAAAAUUGACAAUGAAGAGGACGAAGACGAAAUCAAUCUGAAAACAGUUUCGUUUGAAGUGAACCAGGAGAAAAUCGAAGUCAUCCAGAAACGUUGCAUUGAAAUCGAACAUCCGCUUUUGGCAGAGUACGAUUUCCGCAAUGACACUCACAAUCCGGACAUAAAUAUUGACCUUAAACCAGCGGCAGUGUUGCGCCCAUAUCAGGAAAAGAGCUUACGUAAAAUGUUCGGAAAUGGUCGUGCCCGGUCGGGGGUUAUUGUUCUUCCCUGCGGAGCUGGUAAAUCUCUAGUUGGCGUGACUGCUUGCUGCACUGUCCGAAAGAGGGCUCUAGUUCUUUGCAAUAGUGGUGUUUCCGUCGAACAGUGGAAGCAGCAGUUUAAGAUGUGGUCCACUGCCGAUGACAGUAUGAUUUGCCGCUUCACAUCCGAGGCAAAAGACAAGCCAAUGGGCUGUGGUAUCCUAGUGACAACAUACUCCAUGAUCACCCACACCCAAAAGCGAUCCUGGGAAGCGGACCAAACAAUGCGCUGGCUGCAGGAGCAGGAAUGGGGAAUCAUGGUAUUGGAUGAGGUGCACACAAUUCCCGCGAAGAUGUUUCGACGUGUGUUGACUUUGGUUCAGAGUCAUUGCAAGUUGGGUCUAACAGCCACGCUCCUGCGUGAGGAUGACAAAAUUGCCGACUUGAACUUCCUUAUCGGACCCAAACUGUACGAAGCCAAUUGGUUGGAAUUACAGAAGAGAGGAUACAUUGCUCGGGUGCAGUGUGCAGAGGUUUGGUGUCCCAUGUCCCCCGAAUUCUAUCGCGAAUACCUCACAACGAAGACUUCCAAGAAAAUGCUCUUGUACGUAAUGAAUCCCUCGAAAUUCCGUAGUUGUCAAUUUUUAAUCAAAUACCACGAGAAGCGUGGCGACAAGACCAUCGUUUUCAGUGACAAUGUCUUUGCUCUGAAGCACUAUGCCAUCAAAAUGAAUAAGCCAUUUAUUUAUGGGCCCACCUCGCAGAACGAACGAAUUCAGAUUUUGCAGAAUUUCAAGUUCAAUCCGAAAGUUAAUACGAUUUUUGUAUCGAAAGUUGCCGAUACGAGUUUUGAUUUGCCCGAAGCUAAUGUAUUGAUACAAAUCUCCUCGCAUGGUGGUUCACGUCGUCAAGAGGCUCAGCGUUUGGGUCGUAUUUUGCGAGCCAAGAAAGGUGCCAUCGCCGAAGAGUACAAUGCUUUCUUCUACACCCUCGUGUCGCAGGAUACAAUGGAAAUGAGCUACUCGCGUAAGCGUCAACGUUUCUUGGUCAAUCAGGGAUACAGUUAUAAGGUGAUUACUCAUUUAAGUGGUAUGGAUACUGAACCCGAUUUGAUGUACAACACACGAGAGGAGCAAACCCAGCUGCUGCAGCAGGUGCUAUCUGCCUCUGAUUUGGAUUGUGAAGACGAGAAAGUACCCGGAGAGCCGGGAUAUCGUCCGUCAGGCUUUAAGAGGGCCGGUGGAUUGGGUUCUAUGUCGGGUGGUGACGAUGCUGUUUACUAUGAAUAUAAACGAAAGAAUGCUGGAAAUAUUCAUCCAUUAUUUAAGAAAUUCCGUGGAUAAGUUCUCAUUGUUUUUUUCUUUGUUUAAUAAAACACAUUUAUGAAAAUAAA